AUGUUGUACAUAUAUGUUUUAAUUUUUUCUAUAAUUAUUUCAAUAAGUUUAAUAUUUUCUUUGAAAGUAUCUAAUGUUUUAAAAAAUGAAAAAAAUAUGAAUUUAAACGUAUCUUAUUUAGGAGAACAAAAUUUCUUUUUCAGUGAAAUUAAAUUAGAAAAUAGAUUCAAAAAUGAUAUAAAGGGAUAUAUUAAAAAUAUUAAAAAUUUUCAAUCAUUAAUAGAAAACAAUGAACCUAAUUCUUUACUAUACGUUCAGGAAGAUUUAAUUAAUUUUCAUAAUAGUCAAUUUAUUGGUGAUAUAGAAAUUGGAAAUCCACCCCAAAAAUUUAAAGUCGUUUUUGAUACAGGAUCAAGUAAUUUUGCAAUUCCUUCAAUAAAAUGUGUUAAAGGUGGAUGUUCUUCACACAAAAAAUUCAAUCCUGAAAAAUCUAAUACCUUUACUAAAUUUUUAAAAAAUAAUAAAGAAUCUAUUUAUACAUAUAUACAAUACGGAACAGGGACAAGCAUUCUUGAAUAUGGAUAUGAUGAUGUAUAUUUAAAAGGAUUAAAAAUUAAAAAUCAAAGUAUAGGACUAGCUAUUGAAGAAUCAUUACACCCGUUUUCUGAUUUACCAUUUGACGGAAUUGUUGGAUUAGGAUUUCCUGAUCGCGAUUUUAUUUUUCAAAAUAAUUAUGUAACACCUUUAAUAGAAACAAUUAAAACACAAAAUCUUCUAAAAAGAAAUAUUUUUUCAUUUUAUGUACCAGACAAAUUAGAAAAAUUAGGUUCUAUAACAUUUGGGAAAGCUAAUAAUAAAUAUGUUCUUGAAGGAAAAAAAAUUGAAUGGUUUCCUGUUAUAUCUAUUUAUUUUUGGGAAGUAUAUUUAUUAGAUAUACAACUUUCUGAUAAAAGUUUGUUGUCUCAAAAAAAUAAAAAAUUUAGAGCAGCAAUUGAUACAGGAUCAAGUUUGAUAACUGGACCAUCCAGUUUUAUCCAACCUUUAAUUGAAAAAUUAAAUUUAGAAAAUGAUUGCUCAAAUAAAAAUAAUUUACCAAAUAUUUCGUUUAUUUUAAAUAAUAUUGAAGGAAAGAAAGUGAAAUUAGAAUUUAAACCUGAUGAUUAUAUUAUUGAAGAUGUAGAUAAUAAUAAUAAUUCUGUUCAAUGCGCAAUUGGAAUAAUGUCUCUUGAUGUUCCUUCCCCUCGAGGUCCUAUUUUUAUUUUUGGAAUUUCUUUUAUUAGAAAAUAUUAUACUAUAUUUGAUAAUGAUCAUAAAAUAGUGGGUCUUGUAGAAGCAAAUCAUAAUUUUUAA